UCUCUUCUCUCCCUCUCUCUCAACGCGCACACCUUCUCUGUCUCUCUCUCUCGUUCUUCCCACGGGCUAGUAGUCGAGACCCAGAUCGCACCCGCCCAAGGCCGUCGAAUAUUCGACCCUCCUGAAGCAGCAGUAUGGUCCGAGUCAAGCCCUUCCGCGGCUUGCGCCCGCCUGCGGAGAUGGCCGCCGCCCUGUCCGCUCCCCCGUAUGACGUCAUCAACUCGGACGAGGCCCGCGAGCUCAUGAAGACGGCGGGUGAGACGUCGUUCCUUCGAGUCAACAAGCCGGAAGUAGACUUACCGCCGGAGAUCAACCAGUACGACGUCCAGGUCUACGAAAGGGGGAAGCAGAACCUGAAGAAAUUCCUCGAGAACGGCUGGCUGGUUCCCGACAAGACGCCUUGCUUCUACAUCUACGCACAGAAGAUGGGGGAGCACCUCCAGACAGGAAUUGUGGCGGGAGUGCCUGUCGAGGACUACGCGCUGGGCGUCAUCAAGCGGCACGAGAAGACUCAGGUGAAGAAGGAGAACGACCGGACUAGGUUGACGCAUGUGCAGAACGCCAACGCUGGCCCCGUGUUCCUGACCUACCGAACUAGCGAGACUGUGGACGAGAUUGUCGGCAAGAUGACGCGGGACACCCCCGAGGUGCAGUUCAGAGCGGAAGGCGGCACGGAACAUUCUGUGUGGGUCGUGAGGGACCCCGUGGACGUGUUCGCGAUACAGAAGGCGUUCGAGGGCGUCAAGACCACCUAUAUCGCGGAUGGGCACCACCGCAGUGCGUCGGCGUUCAGGGUGGGUGAGAUGAAGAUCAAGGAGGCGGUUGCAAGGGGGGACGUGGUGACGGGCGAGGAGCCUUUCAACUUCUUCCUGGCGGUGCUGUUCCCCUCCAAUCAGCUGCUCUGCAUGGAGUACAACCGAGUCGUUCGUGACCUGGCGGGCUUUUCGGACGAGGAUUUUCUCGAGCGAGUGUCGGUGAACUUCGAGGUGUCCAAGACGCCGGAGGGUUCGAAGGUGGAGCCCGGCCGCGUGAGGGAGAUGGCUAUGUGCCUGCGAGGGAGUUGGUACACGAUCCGAGCCAAGGAGGGGACUUUCCCCGCGGAGGACGUCGUAAAGUCGCUCGACGUUCAGAUCCUGUACGACAACCUUCUCAACCCCGUCCUCAACAUCGGAAACCCUCGAGCAGACGAACGCAUCAAAUACGUUGGGGGAAUCCGAGGAUCUAACGAGCUGCGACGGCUGGUGACAAACCCGGCACCGGAAGAAGGGUCGUGGGCGGUGGCGUUCUGCAUGUUCCCGGUAUCUGUGGAUCAAGUCAUGAGGGUAGCGGACGCCGAUCAGCUCAUGCCCCCGAAGGCGACUUGGUUCGAGCCUAAGCUUAGGUCGGGGCUGGUCGUGCGCUCGCUGGAUUCGCUGGAGGAAACAAGAUAGCCGUAAUAGCGGGCGCCAUGCAACAGUCGGUAGUUGACUGUGGUCUUCAAUUGUUAGCACCGUGUGAAAUUGGGUGGUUGUUGUCGCCGUCGUCGUCGCUGUCAGCAACGGCUUGGAAGAUGGCCGCCAGUCAUUCUACGGGUAGCCGUCAACUUUUUUUAGGCGUUUCUAGUCGGGGGGGUUGGGGUUGUCGUCGUUUUUAGCAUCGGCUUGAAGGUAGCCGCCAAGUUUGCAGGGCAUACUAUGUAGGGUAUGGCCGUCAUGGUGUUGGUUUGGGUGGCCGGCUAAACCAAUGAGAAAGCCGCAGCCGGACUAGACUGCCGAUAGAGGUUAAGGCGACAGCGCUUGAACAAAAGCCCGUCACGUAUGGAGAUAGCCGAUGGACUCGCCGUGACACUCGAAACUUUUUCGAAACGCCUACCCAUGUGGCCGGCGUUGCAUGUCUCGCCCCAAAUGCGUCUCCAGUCACCAAGCCCAGCCUCCAUUAGUCCAGUAGUACCUCACCGCUUGUUACGGUCGGUGCAAACGUGUAUGGCCUCCAAGGGGUCGGAGAUGCUGUGCUAUGUAUGCGUGUGGGGCGCGCCGUGACUAUUGCUGAUAUUCCUGCCUAUGGUCGAGGCAAUCGGGGCAGUCUUGAGGCGUUUUUGCUAACUUUUCGCGGGUGCAGGGCAGCCCACUCAUGUAGCCGAGUCGUCCACGUCGCAAUUGAGCCUGUAUCGGCCUAGCUAGAUUGUCGUUGUUUCAGAUUCGAUUUAGCCGGGGGCAGAUAGGCUCAUACCCGUCGACGAUGACAGCAGGGAACGGGGGCACGCGCGAAUGGUAUUGGCCAAGAGAAUAAUCCUUAGCGUCCACGAACGGUGCGCGAACUUCGUGUCGACGGGACACCAGUGGAACCGCUGUUUACACGCGAAGGGUAUUGCGAAAGGGAAACCUUCCUUGGCUUCCACGAACGGUGCGCGAACUUCCUGUCCACGGGACACCACCAGUAGAACCGCCGUAAGCUGUUUUGAGCUCCUUGACGCUAGUUGGAAAAACAUGUGUGAGCUACAGAAACAUGGUUCACAUGGCGAUAUCUGUAUCCACUCGAAGUGUUAAAGGUUGUAUUUACAUGUCUCAGAACCAGGAGGUUGUAGAUGGUGACAGGUAGGUCUUCUUAGAGAUACACUUAGAAUGGGUGGGGUCAGGGAAUUGGCACAAGUCUAUGUUCUUGCGAGCGAGGCCAAGAACAGACCAGAGAGUUCUUCGCUUGCCUAGUCCUUGCCUUUGUACGGUAAGGAACACCCACGUAGAGGGAGGUAGGACUCCGCGUUGACGGGGUAUAUACAUGGCGCGUUGAGGUUGAGAGUUUUUCGUCACGCAGCAGGGCGGAGUGUGUGCAUGUUGGUGGGGUGUAGGUUGAGCUUGUAGGCAAACUAUUAUUUUUUUUCCAUCUACAACAUGUGCGUGCUCCACACGAAGCGAGAUAGAUCGGCAAUCUUGCUCACUUGCUUCGACGGAUGUUCUUGUCUUCUUCCUUCGGGAGUACGGAACAGGAGAUUCUGGAAAGAAAGCAAGCGCCACACAGGUUGUCGGGGGGGUUUCUGUCAUGGACGCGAAGAUUAAGAAUCAACAUUUUUUUUAUGAAGCGACAGACCGGCCGGCCUGUGGAUGUACCUCCCAGUUUGUUGUCGCCGUUGGGGGAGCAGUAGAGGGGAGGGGAGAUGAAUGUGCGCACCGAUUCAGGACUGCUGGGAGGCACCGAAUGGCAAAGUU